AUGUACUCCAAGACCCUUGUCACCCUCCUCGGAGGUUUGUCCCUUGCCUUGGCCCAGACCUCCUCUGAGCAGACACCUUCAGUAGCUGAGAUUGAAGCUGCUCGGGCUACCGUCAAGCCCUACUCCCCUGUGACCAAUGUCCAGGGCAAAACCUUUUCCCGCUUUGUCAAUAUUUGGCUCGAAAAUACCGACUUUGAUGUCGCCGCCAACGAGAAGCACCUAGCCAAGCUGGCCAAGAAGGGUCUCACCCUUACCAACAUGUGGGCAGUCACCCAUCCCUCGGAGCCAAACUACUGCGCCUCCGCCGGUGGUGACACCUUCGGCAUGGACAACGACGAGUUCAACCAGGUCCCCACCAACGUCUCCACCAUCGCGGACAUGUUCGACACCAAGAAUGUCUCCUGGGGUGAGUACCAGGAGCACUUGCCGUACCCGGGAUACCAGGGUUUCCGCUACCCAACCUCGGGCGACGACGACUACGUGCGCAAGCACAACCCCAUGGUCCUUUUCGACUCCGUCACCGAGGAUGCCACGCGCCUCCGCCAGAUCAAGAACUUUACCUCCUUCUACGCCGACCUCGCCAACCAUAGCCUCCCCCAGUACUCCUUUGUCACCCCUAACAUGACCAACGAUGGCCACGACACAGACAUUGCCUUCUCCGGCACCUGGACCUGGGACUUCUUGAUUGACCUCCUUGACAACGAGCACUUCAUGAAAGACACCCUCGUUCUCCUAACCUUCGACGAGAACGACACCUACGAACUCGGCAACAAGGUCUUCAGCUUCCUGCUCGGUGGCGCGGUCCCUAAGCAACUCCUCGGCAAAGAAGACAACACCUUCUACACCCAUUACAGCAUCAUCGCCUCUCUAUCAGCCAACUUCGGCCUCCCCAGUCUCGGCCGCUGGGACUGCGGCGCAAACCUGCUCUCCUUCCUCGCCGACAAAGUCGGGUACACAAACUACGAGGUCGACACGAACAACCUCUACUUGAACGUGUCGUACCCUGGUCCUCUGGCUAAUGGCGAGUACGCCAAGCAGACCUUCGACUGGCCUGUCCCUGCCACCGAGGGUAAGUGCUCUGGUGGGCAUGGAAUCCUGGACGUGGUCAAGAAGACGUAUGCCGGCUUGAACGCUACACAUGACUACUCUAGCCCUGUGCCGUUCGAUGUGAAGACAGGUAACAGCGUGGGUGUCAAGUACAGCCGAACGCUUAAGAGUGGACAACGUGAGACUCAUGUUACGGGUAAGAAGCCCGCGACUUCCCGCAAGCCGUAA